CGAAGAGUACGGCGGGCGGUAUUUUCAACAGCAAAUCUUCAACCACACGUCCACUUCACCGUAUUGCCUAGUCCACCCUCUGAACCAAGUUUUGGACUUGAUUAGGUGCUGGAAAUUGGUGGAGCUGGCGGAAUAUGAAAUGCAAAAGUAUCGUACUCGCAUAAAUGCGUUACAAAUUUCCUCAGCAUUAUGAGAAAUAAAAUUUGUGAUGCGGAUUUACCUUAAGAAAAUGCAUGACUCAUGACUGCCAUUACGAUAAUUUUGCAGUUCAUACGGAAAUUGAGCAGGACAUGAAGUACAAAAGAGUGGUGUUCACCCGGUUCGACAACAUCUUCUUGCAGAAAGCAGACACGGAGAUUCUGAAAGGGCAUUUGGAGGACGAAGGAGGAGGAAAAGCUGAACCAAGCACCGGCUUAUCAUCAUCACAUCAUCGGAUGAGAAAGAACGACUAUUAUUUCCCAGGUUCCCGUCCAGCGACAGAGUCUGUGCUGGACAUGCACCAGACGACCAGACUUGCUCCAGGAAGCAGUAGUUUCUCGACUUCGACGCAUGGUGAGCAACCGGUUGGAGCAGUACAAC